AUGGAGAAUCCAACUGAAAGACCCAAACAGACUAUAUUCGAAAGCAGAAAUCAGACAAUACUUGAAAAAGACAGUAGCCAGGGCAAUCAAAAACCUGAGAAUAGCCGAACUCAAGCAUUAGUAGCUCUAUUCCUCUUUAUCUCAAACUCCUUAUUCUGCCAUGCAACUGCCUUAACUUCUUCAGCUAGCAAAAAUGACAGAAGAGAAGCAAUAGAAAUCAUAAUAAUAGGUGAUGUCCCUCCCAUUGCUCCUGCCUAUCCUCCUUCUAAUGGAGAUGAUUGGUAUUCACCUCCUCCUGAACCACUAUGUCCUCCUCCUCCUCCUCCGCCGCCGCCUCCUGUAGAGCCACCAUGUCCCCCUCCCAUGCCUCCACCCCCACCCCCAUCCCCACCGCCCUCACCACCACCUCCACGGCCACCGCCACCUAAAGUUCUUCCUCGUCCUCAUCCCAAACACUCACCACCCCCACCACCCAUCCCAGGUUAUCUUACCGCAGAACUAAGAGAAGUCAUAAAAGUGAUUCAAAAGUUCGAAAAGACAAUAACUAGCGAUCCCUUUGGCGUAACAAGAACAUGGUCAUUGGAUCUUGAUGACGUUCUUUUUCUUAACAACAAUGGUUUUUCUGGUGAAAACCCAGAAACUUUUGGCCGUACUGCAGCCCUGUUUAUCACACUAGCCAACAACAGAUUCACUGGUCAAAUCCCCAAAAGCAUUGGCAAUGCUUGUAGAAAUCUCCUUGAGGUUCUGUUCUUGAAUAAUCAAAUUAGUGGUUGCUUGCCUUAUGAGAUAGGCUUGUUGAAAUUGGCAACUGUAUUUGAUGCUAGUGUGAACAAGUUAACAGGUCCAAUACCUCAUUCUUUUGGGUGCUUAAGGGAUAUGGAACUGCUGAAUCUAUCUUACAAUCAUUUGUAUGGUCCCGUGCCAGAAUCACUGUGCAAGCUAGGUUGCAAGCUCGGCCACUUGGAAAAACAUACCUUGAAAUUCAACUAUUUUACGCAGGUUGGACCAGAAUGUCGAAAGCUGAUAAAGGAGAAGGUUCUUGAUAUUAGCAUGAAUUGCAUACUGGAUCUUGAGAACCAGAGAAAACCUGAAGAAUGUGAAGCCCUCUUCUUGCAGCCCCGGAAAUGCCCAGACAUGGAAUCACUAAGUAAAGUACCUUGUAAUAUUGAUGACUUCUCUUCUGGCCGUCGAGCUCAUCGCCAUCUCUGUGCCAGGGCUCGUUCAACUACUUAUGCUGCCAUCAAUAAACCUCACCUCUGAUUUAUUUACCAUGGCAAGGCAAUUCUGUAGUAUAAUUUUUCAGAUCUGUAAUAGCGAUGUAUGUAUAUUGGGAAUGUGGAUAACACAGGCAGGGAAAGAUACAGCAAGCAUCCCAAUUUACAAGACAGAGGCUGAUAUAAUUAUUUAUGUAUUAAAUUUGUAAGUACCGACUACUGAGUAUAAGCUUUGGUCUUUUGGAGUAAGCAGCCUCUUAGAUACACUUUGAGAGAACUAGUUGCCUUUUCAUUUAU